UGAAUCAUUUUGCCCCGAAUGUUAAAAUAAAAAAUCGAAAAUAUUGUUUAGUACGUAAAAUGGUUUUGUGAUGUGCAUUUUGGCUUGAAAACGUAACUUGUUUAUUGUUCUAAAACAGGCUUUAAAUGUAUAAUACCCUUUGAUUUGUUAUGAAGGGAACGAAGUGUUUAGAUUUUUUAGUACAUGUAUCCUCUCUAAUAACCACCUUGCGCGGAAACAGACUGGACAAUAAUGAAAUGAUGAAGUUGAGUCGGUUUCUGGCUUGCUGCAGUUUAAAGAUAUUUUUCGAGAUAGUGUUAGAAAUGUUCUCUGGAGAAUUCGCAGUUCAAAUGGCUUUACUGGUUACUAUUCAGGAGGUUCAAUUUUCCAGGUUUUAAUGGACAUCUAUUUAUGCACUCAACUGGAAGCAAACAAAAACUUUGGAGUUCAUAACGGAAGUGGUUUGCAAACAAGUAGUUUAACCUGCACUAUAAGGAGAAGCUUUUGGAAACUGGGAGUAAGGCAAAAUGAAACAUAUUGUAUCCAUCCAGAUAAUGGGGUUUUUAAGCCUGAUGGUUUGUGUGAGAGGAGCAACAAGGCUUUAUUAUUUGGGUAUUCGUGAAAUAGAGUGGAAUUACACCCCAACAGGGAAAAAUAAAAUAUCUGGAAACAACUUCACAGAGGAUCAAGAUUCAAUUAAGUACCCCUUUAGAAAUUCUCAAACGAUGGGGAGGAUUUACAAGAAAGCUGUUUAUAAGCAGUACUCCGAUGCCACCUAUGCACAUGAGAUUCCCCAGCCACCUUGGCUUGGGUUCCUGGGUCCUAUUUUGAAAGCUGAAUUGGGGGAUGAGAUAAUCAUUCAUCUGAAAAACUUUGCAUCUCGCCCAUACUCAAUCCAUCCUCAUGGUGUCUUCUACAGCAAAGACUCCGAAGGUGCUUUUUACCCAGACCAGACCUUUGGAAAGGAUAAAACUGAUGAUGGGGUGCCUCCUGGCAGAACCCAUACUUACAUCUGGACAGUAACUGGUGAUCAUGCCCCAACUGCCAGUGAUCCUAACUGUCUGACAUGGGCUUACCACUCACACGUAGAUGCACCCAGGGACAUUGCAUCUGGCCUCAUUGGGGCACUCUUGACUUGCAAAAAAGGUGUUUUGGAUGGACACACGAAUCGCUCUGAUGUUGAUAUGGACUUCUUGUUAAUGUUCAUGAAUGUUGAUGAAAAUCUGAGUUGGUACGUGGAUGACAACAUCAACAGAUACUGCAGUGACCCUGGUUCUGUGGACAAAGAGGAUGAGGAAUUUAAAACCCGCAAUAGAAUGCAUUCUAUCAAUGGAUAUAUAUACGGAAAUCUGCCAGACCUACAUAUGUGUGCAGGCGCUUCAGUAACGUGGCAUUUAUUUGGAAUGGGAAGUGAAGCCGACAUCCACAAUGCGUUCUUCCACGGGCAGAGUGUGACGGUCAGCCACAGGCGAGCAGAUGUUGUCAGCCUCUUUCCAGCGACCUUUGUGACUGCAGAGAUGGUCCCCAGAAAUGUUGGGAGAUGGCUUUUGAGCUGCCAAGUAAAUGAACACCUGAAAGAUGGUAUGGAGGCACUGUAUGAGGUGAAAGAAUGUUUCAAAACAACUCCUAAUAUUCAAAUGCCAGGAAAAGAAAGAAAGUACUUCAUUGCAGCUAAGGAUGUUUUAUGGUCAUAUGGACCUUCUGGAAUAGAUGGAGAGACAAUACAGAGUCUAAUGAAGAAGAGCAGUAACACAUCAAAAAGAACUGGUGGUGAAUACUGGAAAGCAAAGUAUGUGGAAUACACAGAUGAGACAUUUACCAAAGAGAAAGUGAGGACAACAUCUGAAGAGCACCUAGGGAUUUUAGGCCCUGUGAUAAAGGCUGAAGUUGGAGAUACAAUCGUUGUGAAAUUCCUUAACAUGGCAUCCAGACCUUAUAGCAUCCAACCACAUGGUGUCUUUUACAAGAAGGAACACGAGGGAACUCCAUAUGGUGAUGAUGUUUUAGGGGAAGGAACUUCUGUGCAACCCCUCCAUAACUUCACCUAUAAGUGGUCUGUGCCCGAACAUGUGGGACCUACACUCAGUGACCCCCCCUGUCUGACCCGGAUGUAUUUUUCAGCGGUAGAUCCUGUUCGGGACACAAACUCAGGCCUUGUUGGACCUUUGCUUAUCUGUAAACCUCGCACAUUGAAGUAUGAUAAUACACAGAAAGGGAUAGACAAGGAGUUUUUCCUGUUGUUCACAGUUUUUAAUGAAAAUCUAAGCUGGUAUCUGAGACAGAGCCUGCUGCAUGCAUCUGUCAAUCCUAACAUUGACAUUGACAAAGACGAUGAGGAGUUUAAGGCAUCAAAUCUAAUGCACGCUAUCAAUGGUUUCCUGUACAGCAAAUUGCCUGGUCUGGAGAUGUGUCGUGGGAGUAAUGUAUCCUGGCACCUCUUGGGUCUGGGAGAUGAGUUUGAUAUUCAUGGAGUUGUGUUCCAAGGAAACACUGUGCAAGUCAAUGGCAGACAUAAAGACUCAGUCACACUGACACCUCACACCUCCUCUACACUGCUGAUGCAACCAGACAAUAUUGGCACUUUUGGGGUAAUAUGCCUGACAAGUGAACAUUUUCUUGCGGGAAUGAGGCAGCAGUAUCAGGUGUUAGAAUGUAACAGUGAUAGAUUUCCUUCUGUACGUGUGCCUCAGUACAGAGUGUCCUCAGUGUAUUAUAUUGCAGCAGAUGAGGUUGAAUGGGAUUACUCUCCUGACAGAACAUGGGAACUAGGGAUACUGAACAGCUCAGCAGCUGAGAGUUAUGGACAUAUAUUUGUUGGCAAAGAAGGUGGUCUAAUUGGAUCAAAAUACCAGAAGGUUGUGUACAGAGAAUAUACGGAUGGCACUUUCACUAAACUCAAGGAAAGAAAAGGAGAUGAAGAACAUUUUGGAAUACUUGGUCCCCUUAUUCGAGCUGAGGUGGGAGACAUAAUAGUGAUUGUUUUCAAAAAUAAUGGAUCUCACACUCAUUCCAUACAUGCACAUGGGGUUCAGGAGCUCUAUGAAGGAAAAGGCCAUGCAGCUCAGCCUGGGGAGAUAGUUAUAUACAGAUGGAAUAUUCCAGAGCGAUCAGGGCCUGGUCCUGGAGAUUCAGCUUGCAUUACAUGGGCCUACUAUUCAAUGGUACACCCUGUGAAGGAUUUGCACAGUGGCCUGAUUGGUCCAUUAAUAACAUGUCGGAAGGGCACAUUGACUCCUGAAAGAUCCAGAGCCGACCUGGACCGAGAAUUCAGCCUCCUCUUCUUCAUUUUUGAUGAAAAUCAAUCCUGGUACCUUGACAAAAACAUUGCAAUGUACAGUGAACAAAACAUCUCUGAAAUCAAUUAUGAGGAUGAAAGGUUUUGUGAAAGCAAUAAGAUGCAUGCAAUAAAUGGAAAAAUUUAUGCUAAUCUUCAUGGACUUUCUAUGUAUGAAGAAGAACGCAUAGAUUGGUACCUAAUAGGACUGGGAGAUGAAAUUGAUAUGCAUACAGUCCACUUCCAUGCUCAGAGUUUUACUUUCAUGGAUGGAAAACGACACAGGGCAGAUGUGUUUGAUUUAUUCCCAGCUACUUUUCAGACCUUAGAAAUGAAAGUUACUAAUCCGGGAACCUGGCUCCUACAUUGCCACGUAUCAGAUCACAUCCAUGCGGGCAUGGAAACAGUCUAUACUGUUCAUCCCAAAAAUGUGCCUCAGAGAUUUGACAUUGAUUCAGGUCCAGAGUUACAUGUUGGACAAAUAGCAGUCUUUGGGAAAUAUCUAUCCCAAGAAGAAGCGGAGUUUGUGUUAACAGUCCUUCUGGUUAUAGGUUUUGUUCUUUUCCUCACAGCCUUCAUUCUUACUGGAGUGGUUAUAGUUAUGUCACGCAAGAAAAAACAAAAUAAGCACUACCCUGAAGAAGUAUCCUUGAAAAUGCUUUAGUGAAAAUGCAUUUUGUGCUAAUAUCAGGUGCAAUCUAAAUGCAGCAUAUAUUUAUAAAUGAGGAUGCUUUCUAAUAAAUCAGUGGUACCAGUACUGUUCGGAA